CCCUAUAAACUAGAGAGUGAGAAAGAGAGCGAGAGGGCGAGAGAGAACGAGUCAAGACUCAGAACCAAGAAAAGAACCAAAGCAAACAUGGAGAGGCAAGAGGUGCAUCCUCAGGGAAAGGGAGGCCAGGUCGAAGAGAAGAAGCCGAGCCUGGAGGGACUCCCGCUGAAGGACAGCCCUUACCUGCAAUACAAGGACUUGGAGGACUACAAGCUCCGGGGCUACGGCGCUCAGGGCCACCUGCAGCCGAAGCCUGGCCGGGGCGCCGGUUCCACCGACGCCCCCACCAUGCCGGGCAGCGCCGUCUCGUCCGAGGCCGAGGUCGCCCCAGCCGAGGCCGCCCACCGUCAGGGAGUCUUCAAGUAGUGGUUUGAACGUGUGAUCUCACGUGUUUGUCGAAGAGUGGUUUUCUUUUCUUUUGCGACGCUGCUGAUGAUGAAUAAACAUUCGACAUUGGCCAUUGUUCUC